AUGCCGACGUCACAGGCGACAAUUCUCACCACACAUGGCAGUUACUGGCGUCGGCUCCUGCCUGCGCCAACCCGCCGCUUUGGUUCGCUUGGGGUUAGCCAAGUCUCAGGCGGCAGCGCCCAUCGCGUCACAAGGACGUUGUUUGUCGUCCGCGUGGGCUCCUUUCUUAAAGCUAACGCUCUCAUUUAUUCACCUUUGCCCGAUCGCAUCCAGACUUCCAAGCUCGCUCCAAACCAGACACUCCAACAAUACCAAAACCACAACACUAUCACAACCGUCACCAUGGCCGUCUCCAACGCAAUCCAGGAUCUGUUUAGUAGCAUCUACGAGCUCCUCUCCUCCAUCUUCAACGCCUUCUAUCACGUUCUGCAGACCAUCUUCAACACCAUCAUCGGCUUCUUCACCGGUCUCGUCAACCUCAUUACCGACGUAUUCCAAGGCGCAAUCGAUGUCGUUGGCGGACUCGGAAAGUUUGUCUUAAGCAACUUCGUCAUCAUUGGCGUCAUCGCGGCCGGCGGCUAUGCCUACGUCCGGUACACCUCGCAAGGUCGACAGGUCGCUACCGGCAAGAAGACUGCCUAA